AAAUAUAAUAGUAUUACUAUUAUAAUAAAGCUUCCUGUUAAACACCACCGAAAGCUGAAAUAAUAGGCGGCUUUAUUUUGUGUGUACUUACGACAAAUAAAGAUUACUGAUGUUUUUUUUUCUAAAAAAAUUACCGCUUUGGUUGCGCAUUACAACAAUUUUUUUUAAAUUACUUUGGAAAAACACAGACAUUCAGUUUAGUAUUAGUGGUCAUAUUAAUUGGUACUUAGAGGUUUUUUUGUAAAAUUAUUUUAAAGUUUUAUCUAUUAAACGAGUUUAUAAUAUCUUACUGGUAAAACAAUAUUAGAAGCACCUUGGCCUUGAUUUGGAUAUUGGUUUUAAUAUCUGGAGCAUUUUAGUAUGUUGAAUUCAAAACCAGUUUUUUUCAAGGUUAUAUGUAAAGAUGUUAACUCUGGCUUUUCUUUUUCUUUUCUUGAAAGAGUCUAAGCAAAAAGAACCAAUAUUUGAAAAAGCUCCUGAAGUUUAUAUUUUAAAUGUAAAUGAAACUGUACUGCUGCCUUGCAGUGUCACUAAUCAAUAUGCUGAUUAUAAACGUAAAGUGUUAUUUCAUUGGAUGAAACAUAAACCAGAUGGAUCUGUUGUUUGGAAUUGGCCAAGGUAUCGCAUCAAACCAAAUAAGGGUUUAAGAAUCCGCCAGCUACAGAAACAUGAUGAAGGUGUUUACUUUUGCAAUGCAGAAAGUAAAGUGGGUGGUUUCAAAAGUAUAAAGCGUGUUUUAAUAGUUACUGGUAAUAUUAGCAAAGAAUUUCCUCAAGAAAUUGAAAUGCCAACUCAAGUUGGCUUUGUGCCACUUUCUUCCCCUAAAAAUCUCCUUGAAGUAACCUCAUCUUUAAUAAAAAAAAAAUUUAAAGCAGGAUCUCAAGCCAAAUUAAAAUGUGCAGUAAGAGGAUAUCCAUUGCCAAAUAUUCAGUGGUUUCAAAAUGGAACCAAAAUUGAAUCUUCAGAGCAAUACAUUACACACAGAAGUUCACUGAUUAUUUUUAAUCUUACACAAUAUAACAAUGGUAACUAUACAUGCUUUGCAACCAAUAAACAUGGCAUGGUUCACAUGAGCAUUAAUGUUGAGGUUACUUUGCCAAAAAUAUACACAUUUGCCUCAGAAAUAAUUGAUACUAUUUAUGUUAAAUCAGGUGAAAAUGUCACUUUAGAAUGUUCUGUUCCGGAAAAUGAGGUGAGUUAUUUGCUAUGGCACUCACAUAAAAAAAAAGGAAAUCCAUUUGGUUCUCGUCAAAAAGAUAUUAAAAGGUUGAUUCACCACCAGACUGAGGUCCAUAAUAAUACUCGUUUUGAGAAGAUUUGGUUAGUAAAUGUAACCCAUGAUGCUGAUGAAGGAAUUUAUAAAUGUUUAGCUUUAUUUAAAGAAAGUCAAACACCUACUGAAAUUAAAGUUGUUCAUAUCGUAAUAUCUUCAUAUGGUAAAGCUGUCGUUAAACAAGUUGCUACUCCAUGGAUCAACUCAAAUUUAAAAUUAUAUCUUUUGGUCAUUUUACCUGUUGCAUGUUUGCUUCUUUUCAUUAUUUUCAUUUAUAUAUGUAUACGUCGACAUAGACUAAAUAAAGAUAUUGAAUGUAACAAUGAUGAUGUUAUAAAAUCAUCAGACACUUCACUUGGUCAAUUGAUUCCUUGUCAAAAAGGAUCUAGUGCAAAAAAUCCUGAUAAAUCAGUAUUAGCUUCGCUGUAUUGCCCCACGUCUUGUCCAACUGAUUCUAUAAAAAUACACUAUGACAAAAUAGACACAUCUUCACAAGGUUGUUUGACUCAAUAUCCUACUGGAUCUAUUAGAGUGCACAAUAACAAGACUGAUUUAAUUUCUCACCAUUAUUCAGGUCCUUCUCCGACUGGAUACACUAACCAUGAUAAAAAUGAUUUAUUAAUUGAUAAGAUUAAAUAUCCCAACACAUGCAAAAUCGUAUUUGAACCUCCGAAGGUUAACUCAACUGUUUCGGUUUUAAAAAAUAGUUACUACUCAUCUUCACAAAUUUCAAAUCAUAUUUCUAGGUAUCCAGAAAAAUCAGAUUCUGACAUUGCUUUGAAUCUAGCGAAGUUUGUUGGUGAUAUCUUUAAUGUUUCGCCACUGUCGCGGAAUCUCUGCGGGAAUAUUGAAGACAAUAAAUUUAGUAAUCGCAGUGCUAUAAAAUUUCCUUUAGAAGAACAUUUUUCAUGUGAUGCAAAUUUUGCAGGUUUUGACGAAAAACCUGGAGGAAUAUAUAAACAAUUUAGUAAAGACUUUAAACAUAGAGAUAUCAAAAGUAAUAAUAUUUCUUUGACAGAUGAGUCAACCAAACACUCACAAAAUGUUUUCUCAGACGUUUCUACUGGAGGAAAUAUUUCAAGUAUGGAUUUGCAAGUAAUCCAUAAAAAAAACGACUGUCUGCUUGACAGAGAGAUAAGGAACUGGGAAAUACUUAUUAAAAAUCGCUCACCUUAUGUUUCAGAUACGUUUUCAUAGCUUUUUAAUAUUUUUUUAUUAAAUUAUUUUGUUCAAUCGUUUUCUUAAAAAAAGUUCUCUCUAAAAAAAAAAUUUGGAAUAACUAAAAUUUAAAGUUCUCAAUGUGAAGCUUUUUCCCUUAUCAUUGAGAAUAAUAGAUGUAUACUUUUUUUCGAAAUCGCACUUAUGUUAUUUUAUACGUUUUCAUUUUCUAUAAAAAUCUGUAAAUAUUAGAAUUUUGUUAACAAGAAGUUUUAUUUUAUUAGGAAGAUAUAUUUUCGUUUAAGAAAAGAUAUACUUUAAUA